GGCCUCGUCUUCCUCGCGCGUGCUCGCGGCGGGGCUCGCGCGGGGCCCCACCUCUUCGCUCGCGAAAGCUCCUCUUCGCCUGGGCGAUCCGGGCGCGGGGAGACUGCCAGCCAGCGAGACCCCGCCCACGGUGUCGCCCGCCUCGCCCAGCGGCGGGUCCACGCGUGUCCGUGCAGCGGUGUGGGCGGACAGGCUGGCGCAGCGGCCGCGGCCACGGCCAGCCCGCUCCGCCAGCCCUCCAGCCCCAGCGGGUCGGCAGGUCCGAUUCCCGGAGGCGGUCCGCGCCAGCCCCAGCUGCCCCAAAGACCGGAUUUACUCCCGGUAGGAAGCUUCCCGCCCCACGUCGGCGGCACAGUAGUGACCAGCUCUGGCAUGUGCACGUGAUGAUGGACAGCAAGGACCUAGAAGCCGAAAUCCACCCCUUGAAGAAUGAAGACAAGAAACUGCAGGAGAAUCUGGGAAACCAAGCAAAAACGGAGGAUAGCUUGAAAGGCUCGCCUUGGCAGCCUCACCUCUCCCGAUGCCGCACGGUGGCAUUUUUUCUUUCACUGUUUGUCUGCCUUUUUGUAGUGUUCGUGGUUUCCUUCAUCAUCCCGUGUCCGGACCGGCCUGCGUCCCAGGGGGUGUGGAGGAUCGACUACAAUGCAGCAGUCACCUAUGACUUUCUGGCUACAGAAGACAUAAACAGGGACAGGAUCCAAGAUGUUCUCUUUCUUUAUAAAAAUACCAACGGCAGCAACAAUUUCAACCUAUCCUGCACCGACGAAGGCUUUUCCUCCCCCUGUACCUUUGUGGCCGCCGUGUCUGGGGCCAACGGCAGCGUGCUCUGGGAGAGGCCCGCAGCCCAGGAUGGGGCCCUUGUGCAAUGCUCCGUCCCACAGCUGCAGGGCGGCAGGUCGACCUCUGCCUGCAUCCUCGUGGGCAGACCCGGUUCCUUCGUUGCUGUGGACUUGUUCACAGGCGAAACCCUGUGGAGCCACCCCAGCAGCUUUGGAAGGAACGCUUCUGUCCUGAGCUCUUUACUCCAGCUGCCCGACGUCGAUGCUGACGGGGCCCCAGACCUGCUGGUUCUCACCCAGGAGGAGAAGGAGGUCGGCGGCUACCUCUACUCCGGCAGCACUGGACACCAGAUUGGCCGCCGCGGCAGCCUUGGUGUGGGCGGGACCAUGGGCUCCCUCCUGCACAUCUCCCCGGCGGGUGCCCACUACAUCCUUUUCCCUUGUGCAAGCUCCCUCUGUGGCUGCUCUGUGAAGGGUCUCCACGAGAAGGCGACCGGGAACGGGAGCCCACUGAGGAGCGACCCGCGCUGGGAGGGCGUGCUGAACGCCACCACCCCCAGGCUGCUGUGGCACAGCCCGGGAGCCAUCCGCUACCUGAUGAACGUUCCAGGGAAGACUGGUGAGGACCUCCUCCUCGUGAGUUCAGAGGCCUGUGUGCUCGUUGAUGGGCAGGACCUGGCGCCCAGGUGGACCUUCAGUGCAGCCCAGGUCUUGAGAAAACCCAUCCUCGGCCACUACAAACCUGACACCUUGGCUGUGGUCAUUGAAAACGGAACCGGCAUUGACAGACAGAUCCUGUUCCUGGACCUCAGCACCGGGGCUGUCCUGUGGAAACAGGCUCUCCCAGGCCUCCCCGGUGAUCCACAGUCUGCCAGCCUGCCAACCGCAGACCACCGCUCAGCCUUCUUCUUCUGGGGCCUCCACGAACUGAUGGGCACCAACCAGACGGAGCCCAGAGACGCCCAGCACACCCUGUACGUAUUCCAUCCCAGCCUGCCUGGCAUCCUGCUGGAGCUGGCUAACUUCUCUGCCAACAUCGUCGCCUUCCAAGCGGUCCUGUUCGAGCCAAGCCGCCAUGCUGCCUGCGUCCUCCUGAUGGGCCCGGCUAGCCCAGACGCGCCUGGCAUGGUCUCCGUGGCCAAGCACAAGGUGCGGGACCUUGUCCCGAGCGGUAGGGUGGUUCGCCUGGCCGAGGGCGGGCCCGACAGCGACCAGGCUGUCCGGGACCGGUUCUCCCGCCUGCGGUACCGGAGUGAGGCCUAGAGGCCUGGCGGGCAGCGCAUGUGGGAGAGGCUCCAGCUGCUGGGAAGUCGGUCUUUCACUCGGUUUGCACUGACUCCCUACUCCCGAUGCUGGGGUUCCCGUCCUAUGCAGGGACACGCGUGGGUGAGGGGAUACCCAGGCCUCUCCCCUCCUGCGCAGCACGUCCCCACAGGUCCUCACUCUGCCCCACUGGGGUCACACUCCAGGCCACCUGCCUUCAUCGUAGUCUCGCUGGGCCCUACAGCACCACCCUCACUCGUCCACACUGGCGGGAGGGACCGGGGUUCCGAGAAGAGAGCCCCAUCCUGAGAAGUCCCCUCCCUCGUUCCUGUCUGCACACCCCCCUGGGGCCUGGGAGGGUGGUUGGCCUGGGGUGGCCUCAGGGCAGCAGCUGGGCACUUGAGGCCAUUCCAGCCUCUGGCCUGGUUAGUGGAAACUUGCCCAGGGGUUCCCCUCUGACGGGCGGAGGAAUAGGGCUGCCAUGCACUGUAAGGCCAUCCUGCUGCUCAUGGAUGCCCCAGGGGCGUUCCUGUCCCUGUGCUGGCCACGUGUGCUGUGAACGUUCUGAGGAACUGGCCAGAGGGCGCACGUCGCAGUCAGUUUGCACCCCCUCAGUACACACUGGAGCUGCUUAUCCCUUGGGGGUCCCCACACCCCUGGCUGGUGCCUGGCCCCCUCCUGGUGCUCGGACGCCCCCAGCAGUCGGUGUCACCUGAUGCGGGACUCACCUUUGUGCCUUGCUGUGGUGCUCCUUGUGGCUCACUGUGCCCUGAUGACCCCGGGUCCCGCAGGAAGAAACCGGAAUAAAUGGUUUGCACUGUCUGAAA